AUGGAACAAGAAGAUAAGCAGGGUGUGUGUGCACCUCAGGACUUGGAGGACAGAGGGAUGGGCUCUGAUUUUGAAAACUUCGAGGACAGGGAAGGUGACUCAGAAGAGAGAGGAACAGAGGACACAGAUGAGAAAGAGAACCACCUAGAGAAACAGAUGAGCUCCAACUCAGAGGAUGGAGGUCUCCAAGAGGUCUCAGAAGAGAAAACAGUGGUUUCCAACAUCUGCACAGAGGGGCUGCUGAGUGAGGAAGAGGGGACUGCUCUCCGCGAGGAAGACCACACUGGCGUAGCAGAGCUGGCCAUGUUCCCAGCACUAUCUGAGUCUGACAGCAUAUCAAGGAGCCCCCAGGAAGAGGAAGAGGAAGAUGAAGAGGAGGAGGAGAGUGCUGGAGAGAACCGGCUGGAGGAAGAAGAGGCACAACCACCUCCAGCAGUGCUUCCCUGGCGGAGGCAGCUCUCUCUGGGGAGUCGGCAAAGGAGCGACAAGGCGGCCCAUCGCCGCUUCCGCCGGCUCCACCACCCUGUGUCCGUGGACCUCGGGGAGUUCGACAGCCUGGUGGCCAGCAUCAUGGACGCGCCCACCAUCUGCCCCGACUGUGGGGAGAGCUUCAGCCCUGGCACGGCCUUCCUGCAGCACCAGCGCAUCCACAGCCUGGCCGAGGCGGCCGCAGUGGCGGGACUGGAGCCCUUCGACUUGAGAGGCGAGUGCGAGGCGGUGGUGGGAAUGGUGGGCGUGGCAGGGGGCUUCGGGGCGGGGCCCGCGCUGGCCCGGCCCCCGAGCGAGAAGCCCUUCCGCUGCGGCGAGUGCGGCAAGGGCUUCAGCCGCAACACUUACCUCACCAACCAUCUGCGCUUGCACAGCGGCGAGCGGCCCAACCUGUGCGCCGACUGCGGCAAGAGCUUCAGCUGGCGCGCCGACCUGCUCAAGCACCGGCGCCUGCACACGGGCGAGAAGCCCUACCCCUGCCCCGAGUGCGGGGAGGCCUUCAGCCUCAGCUCGCACCUGCUGAGCCACCGGCGGGCGCACGCGGCGGCCAGCGGCGCGGGGGCGGCGGCGCUGCGUCCCUUCGCCUGCGGCGAGUGCGGGAAGGGCUUCGUACGCCGCUCGCACCUGGCUAACCACCAGCGCAUACACACGGGCGAGAAGCCUCACGGCUGCGGCGAGUGCGGCAAGCGCUUCAGCUGGCGCUCGGACCUAGUGAAGCACCAGCGCGUUCACACGGGCGAGAAGCCCUACAUGUGCUCCGAGUGCGGCGAGACCUUCAGCGUGAGCUCGCACCUCUUCACGCACAAGCGCACGCACUCGGGCGAGCGGCCCUAUGUGUGCCGGGAAUGUGGCAAGGGCUUCGGCCGCAACUCGCACUUAGUGAACCACCUGCGCGUGCACACGGGCGAGAAGCCCUUCCGUUGCGCGCAGUGUGAGAAACGCUUCAGCGACUUCUCCACGCUCACCCAGCACCAGCGCACGCACACGGGUGAGAAGCCCUACACGUGCAUUGAGUGCGGCAAGAGCUUCAUCCAGAGCUCGCACCUCAUCCGCCACCGCAGGAUCCACACAGGAAACAAGCCCCAUAAGUGCGCUGGCUGUGGCAAGGCCUUCCGCUACAAAACGCACCUAGCGCAGCAUCAGAAGCUGCACCUGUGCUAG